GCGGCCACACCCACAACACCCAUUCGGAUCCCAAAGAACGCUGCCUCCUACUCGGCCGAGACGCAGGACUACGAUUUGCGCUCCCAGAUCAAUCUGCAAUUACUUGACAAUGGCCACAUUCACACGAUUCACGAGACGCUACUUCAUGCACUACAUGCCCACCCUUCGGACUGGCCUUCACGCAUACAAGCACAUGCCCUUGAACUCCUCCGCAGCGGACAUGUCACUACGUUCCCGAUGCUGAUGGCGAGAGUCUUGGCAGAUAUCAAGGCAGAUCAGAAGAAUCCUGACAGAGUUGGGGGUACGGGGUUAGCACUGCCUGCGGUCGUUAUUGAGGAGGGAGUACGGGUUACUAGGGAGAGUUUAGAGCAAGUUUGUGAAGUUGUU